UGUUUGGAAUAAACACUUGAGGGAUAGGAUUCACACGACAUACAUGUACUUCGGCUCAGCUCUGGGCCUAACAGCAGUUGCGGCUAUCGGUGCGCUCCGGAGUCCAGUGUUGAUGAGAAAUAGGCCCAAAAGUCAAGUGAUGGCAUUAAUACUUGUGAUAAACACACUGAUAGGCACCAGACUUAUCGUCCAUUUCACGCCCUAUAGCGAAGGGUUUGGAGCGAAACAGAUGGCGUGGGUCGUCCACUGCGGGGCCACCGGCGCUAUCAUUGCGUCGAUGUUUCUAUGGAGCGGACCAAUCAUAUCGCGAGCGGCCUGUUAUACGGCCGGCAUAGUGGGCAGUCUGUCAGUAAUAGCCGGCUGUACGCCCAGCGACGAGUUUCUCAAUAUGGGUCGACCUCUAAAUAUAAUGUUGGCCGCAGUGUUGGCCUCAAUCGCGGUUUUAGCGUUUUUGCCGGCGACCACCGCGUUGGGCGCUUCCCUGUACUCGUUGAACCUAUACGGAGGACUCGUACUGUUCAGCGCUUUCCUAGUGUAUGACACGCAGGGGAUUGUGAGGACAGCCAAGUCGGUUCCGGUCCACGCGGACACACCUUUCGACCCCAUCAAUGCGUUUAUCCAUUUGGAGCUAUUUUUAUGUAAUCAUGGUAUUCAUACGAGUGUUGAGAAUGGUGACAUAGGGUCGGUAGUAAACACCAUUCAGCGGACAUUAUACCUG